AUGGCGAUCUGUACUUAUAACGCACGUACGCUUGCAUCGGAAGCGGCCAUCGAAGAUCUGAUGAUGCAAGCCAAGAAGAUCAAGUACGACGUCAUCGGACUGACCGAGACGAGACGACGUCACCCUCUCAACGCCGUAUAUAAAACUGGAGAAGAACUGUUCUUAGGAACAUGCGACAGUAGAGGUGUUGGAGGAGUUGGCGUCCUCGUCAACACGAGUAUAGCAAAGAACGACUCUUUCGAACAACUUACGACCCGAAUCGGACGUCUGCGGAUGAGAAGAUGUGGUCCAACACCAGCUUUGACUAUCUUCAUCGCUUACGCUCCAACAUCAAGCUACGAUGAAGAAGAAGUCGAAGCUUUCUUUAUGGACCUGGAGAAGUUCUACCGAGAAGAUCAUGCCUUCUACAAGGUCAUAAUUGGCGAUUUCAACGCCAAAGUUGGCCCAAGAAGAACGCCGGAGGAACUUCACAUCGGGACCCACGGCCUACAAUGGAACGACCAGGGGGAGAGGCUCUCCGAGUUCAUCAUGACGACUAAGACCAUCCAUGGAACUCGCAAUUCCAAAAGCCCUCCUCUCUACGCUGGACGUGGGAGCCACCCGGUGGAGAGUACCGUAAUGAAAUAG